AUGGAUCUUAAAUCGUUUCGAAAAGUAGUGAAACGGGUGUUGGGUGACGCUGUUGGGUUAUUAAAGGAUCGCAUUAGUGCCGAUAAUCCCCAUCCAGUAAGAAAGCUAGGAUCAAAAAAAAUACAAUUAUUGGCAAAUUAUAAGGGUGUUUGCACGUAUCAGCUCGUGAAAAUGACAUACAUAGUAUAUCAAUUAAGUAGAUAUCAGGAUUCCAAAGUAUUUAAUGAGUAG